AUGAACACUAGUAGUGGGAUUUACAAAAGUUUCACAAUGAUUAACAGUAAAAUACGAGAAUCACAAACUACUAUUUCCAAUGUAUAUAGAAACAUACUUCAUCAAAAUUAUUGCAUCUUCGAUAAUUUUUUUUUAAUAAUUGGUAAAAGCAUAGAGAUGGUUUUAUUAAAUACAACAUACAUUAAUAUUUUAGUUGGUGUAAAUGUCACAUUUGGUAAAUUAAUAAGUAUGUUUCUCUUUCUAACUGUUUACCGCGAUGGUUUUUUUAUUUAUGUCUAA